UGCAAAUAUAUAUAGCUUCAGGUAAAUAUUGUUUCAUUUUCAAAUGAGGUAUUUAAAGUGCAAUUAAUAAUAUUUAAAGUACAAUUAAUAAUAUGAAAAUAAAAAACAAUAAUACACAUCAAACAACUAACACAUUUAUAAGAUCAGCACCAAUAAACAAAUAUGCACCUUUAAAUUUAAUAUAAAAAUUAUCCUCAAUAAUGGGAGCUAGCUAGGUGUAGUAGAUGAAUAUUUGUUGAAUUGUUCCCUUUGAAUUAUCUUUUUACCUUAAACAGUAUCCAUAAAAAGUUUAUGCUGACAACUUUUUCUUCCAAAAAUGUUUUUUAAAAAUAACUUUGAAAACGAAAUAAGUAAAGGAAAUAAUUGCCUCAAGUUUUCUGCUAAACUUGCACACCCUUUUCCCAUCUCUUGUUUUUCUGCUUAUUUUCCAUCAGUUUUUUUUCUUCACACAACCAAAAAAAAAAUAUAAAAAUCAUGUCUUCAGGUUUGUAUAAUCACAACUAUUCUCCAGCAAGAGCUGUAUCUCCUCAGAUUAGAACUAACGGAGAUGCUGAUAGUCAGUACUUAUCUGAAUUAUUGGCGGAACAUCAGAAGCUUCAACCGUUUACGCAAGUUCUUCCCGUAUGCACCAGACUCCUGAAUCAAGAAUUAAUGAGGGUUUCUAGUAUGUUACAAAACCAAGGGUAUAAUGAGCUUGAAAGAAUGCGACAUAGAAGCCCAAGCCCCAUGGCUUCUUCAGAUCUCAUGUCGCAAAUUCCAGGUGGUUGGAAUGGUUUUCCACAGGAGAGGUUAAGUGGAAUGACAAUGGAUUGGCAAGGAACUCCAGCAAGCCCUAGUUCAUACACAGUGAAGCGAAUCUUGAGGUUGGAUAUUCCCGUUGAUACCUUCCCAAAUUUUAACUUUGUUGGCAGACUUUUGGGACCUCGAGGCAAUUCACUAAAACGUAUAGAGGCUACAACCGGGUGUCGUGUGUAUAUAAGAGGAAAAGGGUCAAUCAAAGAUCCUGAUAAGGAAGAGAAACUAAGGGGAAGACCUGGAUAUGAGCAUUUAAACGAGCCACUUCACAUCUUGAUUGAGGCUGAUUUGCCACCAAGUGUUGUCGAUUUAAGGCUAAGGCAAGCUCAGGAAAUUAUCCAGGAGUUGCUAAAACCAGUGGAUGAAUCAGAAGAUUACAUCAAAAGACAACAAUUAAGAGAGCUAGCGAUGCUAAAUUCGGGUUUGAGAGAAGAGAGUCCUGGACCAAGUGGAAGCAUGUCACCAUUCAAUACAAGUGGCAUGAAACGCGCAAAAACUGGACGUUAGUUGGGCCCCACCUUUCUGUUACAAUUUACAUACACACCCUCAUAUAUAUUGCAUGAUUUUUUGAAAAAAAGAAAUGAAAUGUAUAGGCUGACCUGUGAGUUUUGAGUUUGUUAUUCAAUUUUAUAUUCAUUUUUUGAAAAAAAAAAAAAAAUAGAACGAUAGAUAUAAAAUGGAGUGUAAAGCGUAGUAGAGUAAGGGAUGUUUUUUUUUUUUUUUCUUGUUUAUUGGGUGAUUUGAUUCUUUGGAUUUAUUCAUGUGUUAGCACAAACAUAUGACUACUACAUUGUUGUCUCAUAUAUGUUAUGCUAUAUGCUAUUUGAUUCAAAUGACAACAAAUCAAAAACCUUGUAAAGAGAAAGCACAAAAUCACA